AUCAAAUACUCUUUGUUGAUGAAGUGAUACAGUUGGACGAUACAAAAGAUAAUCAACAAUUUCAUCACCCAAUAACAAUUCUUGUACCCGAUUUGGAGAUACCCAGAUGUAAAUUUCAUUUCUUUAUAGCAAUGGACAAGAUUAAUGGCUCAGUUAAGACGACUGAUGAGUCGAUUAGAAACCAAAUAGCAGCACUUUUGCGGGUUAUUAAUGUCACAAAAUCCUUCAAAGGGGACAACAUCCCAUGCAAAAUUGAAGAGGGCCUGUUCUUAGGUUCAUAUGGUGCUGCUACUAACAGGGAUAUACUGAGAAGCAUGAACAUCACACAUAUUUUAACAGUAGCUAAUUCCUUAGCUCCUGCUUAUCAAAAUGAUUUUGUUUAUAAGGUUAUUUCAGUUUCUGAUAAAGAAGACACAAAUUUGAAGCAGUACUUUGAUGAGUGUAUCAAUUUUAUUGAUGAUGCGAAAAGACAGGGUGGUGGUGUUUUGGUUCAUUGCUUUAUUGGAAAAUCCAGAAGUGUGACAAUUGUUGUUGCCUAUCUGAUGAAAAAGCACAGCAUGAGUCUUAGCCAAGCUCUUGAACACGUGAAGACUAAACGGCCUCAGGCUUCUCCUAAUUCAGGAUUUAUGUCACAAUUGCAAGAUUUUGAGAAAUCGCUUCGAGGCAUCUCAUCAUAAUGAUCAAACAAAUAUGACAUGGAAAGCUUUGGCAAUGAAGAAUUGAUUAUUUGCUUCUCACCGGAGAUUUUACAGCAGUUUUUACAGCAAAUUAACAGGAGAUUUUACAGCAGUUUUUACAGCAAAUUAACAGGUGCAAUACGGACGAUACACAAAAUCUUCAAAUAUGUUAAAAAUGUAGAUUUCCUUUUCUAAACCAAAUGCAUUCAAUAGAUAUAGACUAUAGUGAUAAAAUGAGCAAACGGUCCUUGCGGUCACUAAAUUUGUUAGUCGGGAAUAAUUGACUCACACUUGACCAUUUUAAUCAAUUAGAGACAAUAGUCUCUCAUUUAGAUCAAUUAAACCUCAAAUUAGGUCAUCUUAUUCUGUAAUUGCAUAAUUUGUACAAUUUGUAGGUUAUGGUGAUUAGUGAUUGCACUAAAUAAGGCAAAAUAUUUCCUAA